AUGUUCAUUUUCAUGGGAGUCUUCUUCCUCCUUAAUAUUACAGUUCUAAUGGCCAAUUUCAUUGAUCCCAGGUGCUUUUGGAGAAUAAAUUUGGAUGAAAUAACGGAUGAAUCUUUGGGAAUGUCUUGUGCUUUCAUCCUGGCAGCAGUUCAGACACCCACUGAAAAAGAUUAUUUCAAAAAGACUCUUAAUGUUCUAAAAACAACUAAAAACCACAAAUAUGCUUUGGCAUUGGUNUUUGCAAUGGAUGAAAUCAACAGAAAUCCUGAUCUUUUACCAAAUAUGUCUUUGAUUAUAAGAUACACUUUGGGCCAUUGUGAUGGAAAA